AUGUCAGCACAACAAAUACCAAACCUUCUCUCAUUACGAGGCGCAUCUCGGUCGCGCGGCAGAGGUAGAGGCUAUGGCCUUCGUGACCCUUUGAACCCCCAUUCAGAGGUUUCUUCGAAUCGCAGAGAUAAUGCUAUUCAAGGUACCGACACGGAUGCAGCUGUAUCUCGCCUCAGCGCAGUCGAUCUUGGCUAUCUCGAGGAUCCUUUUGCUCGUUAUUUCGUCAAUGGUAGUGGAACACGAAGGCUACCAAUCAUAAACAGAGGUACAUAUUCUCGUACUACCGCUUUAGACCUCCUCGUCGAAACCUUUUUGUCUCAAGGCGACAAUUCUACUCCACAGCCAAAACAAAUAAUUUCUUUGGGAGCAGGAACAGAUACUCGCUAUUUUCGACUUCGAGCGAAGAACUUGCACAAGAAUGUCAUCUACCAUGAAUUUGAUUUCCCAUCCGUGUGCGCUGCGAAAUGUCGCUUAGUACAGCAAAACCAUGCUGAACUCGUCGGCACUGAAAGAUUCUUCGAGAUCGGACACAGAGACAGCGAGGUUGUAGAGCCCACCACCGCUAAUGGGUCACAGGUAAAUAUGGAAUGGGGAUUCAGUCGCACUCUUGAAAAUCGUCCAGAAGUUGGAUAUGUGUGCCAUCCUUUAGACCUCCGAAAACUACCUGCUAUGAUUGAUCUCGAUUCAUUUCAUGGCAUCAAAAGCGACUUAUCCACACUAAUAGUAUCAGAAUGUUGUUUAUGUUAUCUUGAGGUGGGUACAGCACAAAAUGUUAUAAAGUGGUUCGCGGACAAAAUUCCAAGCAUUGGGAUUGUUCUUUAUGAGCCAGUCGGCGUACACGAUGCAUUCGGACAAAUGAUGGUAGAAAAUCUUGCAUCGAGAGGAAUUGUUAUGCCUACGGUGCAGAAGUACAAGACACUUGAGGAUCAGAAAAAAAGAUUAGUAGGUCUUGGAUUCGGUACUGCAGAGGGUGGCAUCAAUGCUGUGAGCAUAGAAGAUGUCUGGGAACAUUGGGUUGCAGGCAGGGAAAGAGAGAGAGUGGACAGGCUUGAAGGUUUAGAUGAGGUUGAGGAAUGGCUACUGUUGGCGAGACACUAUUCAAUCGUCUGGGGGUGGACAACCGAUACGGGAUUUGAGAGAUUAAGGGCACUAAAUCCCUAA